AUGGCCAUUACCAUACUCGCCCCUGCGCCCGCAGUGCAGAUUCAACGUACAAAUGAAUCCGACGAUGACUCGGACGAUGGCGGUGCGAAUCUGGUGGGAGACCUGACAAUGCGCCCGGCCAAACGCGCACGAAUUUCCGCGAAAGAUCUCGUUACACCAGGAGAGACUGUGACUGAAGACCCCCAGUGGAUGAGAGGUCAUGGCACAUAUGUAGCGACUUCCAGCACCGAUAUAACAGCAACGGUGGCGGGCACAAUACAGAAAACUAACAAGCUCGUCUCCGUCCGACCUCUUCGAGCACGAUACAACCCCGAGAUUGGAGAUUUGGUCAUUGGUAGGAUUGUGGAAGUACAAGCCAAGCGAUGGCGGGUAGAUGUUGGAGCACCCGUUCUAGCUGGUCUGCCUCUCUCAGCCAUCAACCUUCCCGGUGGCAUCUUGCGGAAAAGAACAGACACGGACGAGCUACAGAUACGAACUUUCUUCUCGGAGGGCGAUCUUUUAGUCGCAGAGGUACAGAGUCUGUAUCAGGAUGGAAGUGCUUCAUUGCAUACUAGAAGCUUGAAGUACGGCAAGCUGAGGAAUGGUGUGUUCAUGAGUGUCACUGGCACGGGUGGGGGAGGGGGUGUGGUCAGAUCUAGGAGACAAGUCUGGACCAUCGAGACUGUGUCGGGUGGGGGCAAGGUUGAUAUAAUCCUAGGAGUCAACGGGUACAUCUGGAUCAGUAAACAUGUGGAAGUUGCUGGUAGUGAUACUGCAGUGACGAGGAUGGAAGAAGUUGUAAGCAGCACAGUCUACUCUAGCCAAAACGACGAGAUCAGCCUGGAGACUCGCAGGGAGAUUUCGCGGAUCCGAGGUGUGAUCAACUUGCUGGUGGAGGAAGGCAUACGAGUUGAUGAGGAUAUGGUCAUGAAGGGCUACGAGGCAGCUGUUUUGGUUGAAAGUGAGGAUAGAGUAAACAGUGGAUUUCUGGGGGGGGAAACGCGCGAGAAGGUCCUCUUGUUGAUGAGCCAGACUUAG